GUGAGGUUAGGAAAAAUGCGCUUCUGAGCUGCUGUGUGUUCCAAGCACUGGUGCUUGCUGCUGCAUGCAUGCAUCCGUGUGAUUUAACAAGACAAGAUGCAGACAAGACUUGGCCUUCUCACUCACAGGAUCUCUGGAAAUACACAAGGCUUCCAAAUGUUCAUGUGGCUCUUCAUUUUGCAGAAUUUGCCGCUGAAUAUGGUAGCAUCAUGUCUUGCAAUGUUUUGUGUGGGGAGUGUAAGCAUAAGAUCUGGAAGCAAUGGGCAGACCAUGCUGCGCCCAAACACUUAAUGGCAUAUUUGUUUAAGCAUGAUUGUGUUCACCAAACAUUGCAGUUAGCUCUGGCAGGAUCAGCAGAUGUGCAAAAUGAAGAACUGUAUGCAUGCCUGGCAUGGCUCACAGAGAACUGCCCACAGUUAAUCAAUUCAUUUGUGUCACAUCAUGAAGAAAGGACGGCAGAUGAUGAUGUGCAUGGCUCCCAUGUCCACACUUUUGGGACUGAGAAUCAUCUGGAUCAAGUACUCCAACAUUUGAAUGUCUACAUGCAGCAUCACACACGCUUGGUGAUUUACUGUGAGAGUUUCUGGGUUAAAUUGAAGCAAGGUUACCAGUCUCGUGAUGGUUGUGAUCAAGUUGUGGUUGAUAACAGGUUGGUUGAGAUGUACACAGGCGUGAGGUUUUUAGAUGUAAACUCAGUGUCCUGUUACUACAAUACUGGGAUGUUUUUGUCUUGUGGACAAAGAUAUUGUCAAGUUCUUGCAAUUGCCAAAUAUAGUGGUCAUUCACACAUUGAUUAUUUUCUGGUGGUUUGAUAUCUGGAAUGAGUAUCUGUCAAUGGCAGCAGUGAGGAUUAUGUAUUACAUCUGCCUUUCUACAGUUUCACUAUUGAGUGGGACCUUAUCUAUUUGCAAUCAAUGUGCACUGAUCCUGUAUUUUUCAUUGAUUUGUCAUCAUGUAGUGGUGUGCCAAGAGCAACAUCCUCAUAUAUAGUACUCUGUCCCUGGCGCAUUAAUUAUGUAUAAUGAGAUGUUUGAGAAAGACUUUUCCAGCUUGCUACUACAUAUACCCACUGAGUAUCAUAAUACAUACAUUUUCAUAGCUGUGCACGCUAUCAAAAAGAGAGGGAGAUAGAUUGGCAAUAGUAUCAGCUGGUAGCAUGAUACUAUUAACACAAGACAAGAGGGAUGCCUUACUG